AGUCAUCAGCGGCAGCAGCAGCGGCGGCAGCGCUGUCCUCCCCACCGUCAGCGCCACCGCCACCCGCCCCGCAUACACACACCCGUGCUGGCGAAACUGUCAAUGAGAAAAGGAGUGUGUAUCAGUCGCGGAGCACAUAAAAAUCUCUCAGGGUUUUUACAAGGACCCAAAGACCGGAGGGUACUCUGUAUGCCGUCGGCGGCAUGGCGGCGGGAGCAGAGAGAGAGAGAGAGACAGAGAGAGGCGUGCGCGCGCGUUUCCUCGCAGGAGCGGCGCUUUGGGACUGUGAUGUCUGACGGACGCGGAGAGAUGCUGUGAGCUCUGGUAUUAGCAGAGCCAGCUGCGCACCCACCGAGCCGCUCUGUCCCCUCCCUCCCCGCAUCUCAUCCCCAGCAUUCCUGCUCUCUCUCCCAAGCGCCGACCAUUCGCUCAAAGAGGGGAAUCGGCUCCACACGGCUCGCUUCGCUCACUCCGGCUUGGGUCCCGCGCGGAGAUUUUGGCAGAGAACUGUUCUUUUUCCUGUGGAAGGCAACUGGAUUUAAAAGUCUUUUAGCCUCUGGACAAACUGUGGUUCUAGUGAUUGUGAACUCGGCUUCUGCUCUGUCAUUCAGCGCCUGAAUAUGCUUGGCUCGCCCAUACUCCAUUACAAGCCAACCUCUUCUUUCACCCGAUGAUAAAAACAAUCCACAGGAUUGCCAUCCAUGGUUUCUGCGCUAAUCAAGACUGUGUUAUUCUAUAUUGAAAAGAUUUGCAAAGGAAUGUUUACAAAGAAAUUGGCAAACCCAAUUAAGAAGAAAGAAAGAAGUGAAAAUAGAGAGCCCAAAUUAACCGCUGAUUUGCAAGCACAUAAUCUAACUCUCUCAACCACUCUAAAGACAACUGUCAAAAAGAUUUCCAAAUGCUCUUCGGCACGUAACAUAUCGCUUGAAGAGGACGACGGAAAGAACGACUGCUCAUCGUUGUCACCCACUUUCAGCUAUCGUGUAGCUAUAGCAAAUGGACUCCCAAAAAGUUCUCUUUUUCUAAAUAAUAAUGAAAGUAUCUUUUCUGAGGUUCUUUCGAUUGACAGCAGUUACUCUGACUCCUUGAGUGAAACGAAACCUGUCCGGAGACUAGAUGAGCAUAAAUCACACACUAUGCCAGUAAGACGAAACAGGAAGAGCCUCAUCAGUUUAGCUCCCUCUGAUGGCAGUUCGGAGGGGGAACGAGUGGAACGCUCUAGUUUACAUACGCUUAGGCUGGGGGCUCUACGCAAGUUAAGGAAAUGGAAAAAGAGCCAGGAAUGUGUCUCCUCAGACUCCGAUGUGAGCAAUUGGAGGAAAACCCUGGGCAUUCGAAGCAAAUCUCUAGACCGUGCUGGAAGACAACAAAAGAGUUCUGCCCUAGAGCCUGGCUCUUCCUCAACAGGUUGCAUCAGUCAGACGCAGGAUGUAAUGGAAAUGAUUUUUAAGGAGCUUCAAGGGAUCAGUCAAAUAGAAACUGAACUAUCUGAGCUUCGUGGCCAUGUAAAUGCCCUUAAGAGCUCAAUUGAUGAGAUCUCCAGCAGUGUGGAAGUAGUUCAGAGUGAGAUUGAACAGCUUAGAUCAGGAUUUGUCCAGUCAAGAAGGGAAACAAGAGAUAUCCAUGACUACAUUAAACAGAUUAGCCACCAGGCCAAUAAUUCAACCUUGCGGUUUCUCAAUGUUCCUGAAGAGAGAUCAGAAAAAACAGAGAGUGUAAUAUACAAAAUAUUGAAAGAGAAAAUGGGUUUCACUGAUGCCCAUAAAACAAUUAAAAUUGAGCUAGCUCACAGGUUAGGGCAACAAAGAGAAUGUUCUAAUGCGAAGCCUCGUCCUAUUAUUGUCAUUUUUGCAACAACCCAAGACAGAGAUGUAGUCCUUAAGAAAUGCUACAAACUCAAAGGUACAGGGAUUACAGUAUCUACUGAUAGUUUAACAAAUGAUGGAAAAGACAGGAAAGACAAAACAAUGUCAUCCUCUCAAACAUAUGAAAGUAUGGAUAUAAAAGUCUCAGGAAAGGAGAAAGUAGUAGAAAGUGAUGACUGGGAUUCAAUGGACAGUGAUAAAGAGCUAGAUGAGUUAAGCAGGAAUAAAUAUGCAAUGGUUAUUUCAAAGCCUGUUCACAAGUCCAAAUCAGAGAAAAGACGGUCCCAUGACCACAGCAGGUCAGGAGACGUGGCAGGCUACUCAGGAACAGUCCACUAUGCUGACGACUCUUACUAUGACACAGACAAGCAUGCAAAGGCUUACUACUCUGAUAUGACCCCGGGAUGGCUUUCCCAGAGUGAUUAUUCAACUCCAAAACUUAGUCGUUCGGAGUCUGACUGUUCAAAACUUUGCCAGUCGUACUCUGAAGAUUUUUCAGAAAGUCAAUACUUCACACGAGCAAAUGGUGGCUCCCUCCUUUCCUCCUCAGAUCAAGAACUGUGGCAGAGAAAACAAGAGGACAUGGCCUCCUCUUGGUAUGCUAGCCCCAGCCAUCCUCAUGAUAAUCAAACAUAUGAACAUAAUGAAGUUGAGACUACUGAAACUAUUGAUAGUGGGGUUAGCAAUGGACUUGUCUGCAUGUCCGGUGAUAGAAGCCACUACAGUGGCUCACAAGUGUCAUUACAAGGUGAUCUUUCACCAUGGAAAGACUGGCAUCAUCUGGAGCAAGGAGCCGACUCUGGCUUAGAAGCUUCAACAGAAGUCAGUAGCCCUUUUGAUCCAUCAACUAUUCCUGGAUUUCCAGAGAACAUUACCAAGUGUCAGGAGGUGGAUUUGCAGUUUGAAGGAGAUGAGGAGUUUAUGAUGCUUGACAGAGAAGCUUCUUUACCUCCUAUCACCACGCAUAUUAUUCCUCCCAUCACAGAACGGGAAGUUGUCAAGACUUCUUCCCGGCAGUCAAGGGAAGGAUGUAAGGUGAUCACAAAAGAAAGCACAAAGAUAUCAUCAAAAGAAGCCUCUAAAGCUGCAGCAAAAGUGACGCCCAAAACAAGUAAAGUCACUACUCCUAAAGAGGAGACAGUUAAAAUAUCGGCUAAAGAAAACACAAAGGUUUCUGCUAAAGGUUCACCUAAAGUGACAUCUAAAACAUCCCCUAAAGAAUUACAGAAAGAAACAUUAAAAUCAGCUAUUAAAGAAAGUUCUCAAGUCGUCCAUAAAGACAACUCUAAAUUUAUACCCAAAGAAACUACUAAGUUUAUAGGUAAGGAAGUAUCUAAAGUGACAUCAAAGUUAAGUUCCAUUGAAACUGCUAAGGUCACUCCUAAAGCAAUCUCAAAAGAUAGCCCUGUAAUCACACCUAGAGAAAGCCCUAAAGAGUCGCCCAAAGAGAGCCCUAAAAUAACUCCAAUUGAUACCCCUGUCUUAACUCCAGAUUCAACCCCUAGAGAGUCCCCUAAAGAAUCCCCUAAAGUAAUUCCCAAAGAAUCCCCCAAAAUCAUACCUAAGGAAUCCCCCAAAGUCAUUGCUAAAGAACCCCAGAAAGUCAUUGCUAAAGAACCCCAGAAAGUCAUUUCUAAAGAAGGUAUAAAGGCUGUUACUAAAGAAGUUACCAAAGAAGCUUUAAAACCACCACCAAAAGAGGUUCCAAAAGAGGUGGCUAAAGUGUCACCUAAGGAAACCACUACUGUACCUGCUCAGGAGGUUUCUAAGAUUCUACCUAAGGAAGUUUCAAACAUAGCUCCUAAAGAGAGUUCUAAAGUGAUCCCCAAAGAGCCUUCUAAAAUGUCUCCAACAGAUGUUCCCUUGGUAGCACCUAAAUCAGUUUCUAAAGAUGUUGCCAAGGGACCCUCAAAAACAGUUGCCAGUGAAAAAUUCCCUGAACUUGAUGUUAAUCAUAGCUUUCACCAGGCCCCGAGCAAGUCCUCAAGUAUGUACCGUAGCCAGAGUGAGAUACGAACAGAGAAAGUGGAGGAGGUUCCAAAAACCUGGAGUAGUAGACUUAGUAUCGAUCUAAGUGAAAAGUCCUUUGGCUUUGGCUUUGGAUCCACUCUCCAAAGAGCUAAGUCUGCUCUGGAGGUUGUUUGGAAAUCUGGCUCCCAACCCACCCCUGCUCCUCCAGAGGAACAAACAAACUCUUCUUCCUCAUUUAUGGGGCGUUUCCGAACACUCUCCACCUCUACUGCAAAUAGUUCCCCUGCUACAACAGAACCGGAUGUUCGUGCAGAACCUGUCUUCAGCAAGGCGGAGAAGGAAAAUACAAGUUCAGAAACAGGAGAACUAUCUGUGGACAGUGAGACUCACUAUGUUGAAGUGAUGGAGCAGGUACUAGCUAACUUGGAAAACAGGACUAAUGUUAACGAGAACCAGGACACAGAUGAGCUAGCACAGGAAUGUGAGACUUCUCAGGACUAUGAUGUGUCUGAUGACAUUGAGCCCUCUCAAGACAAUGAUGCCUCUCAGGAUCUUGAGGCAUCGCAGGAUUUGGAGGCCCCGGGUGAUUUUGAUGCAAGUAACGAAACCCGUGUUUUGGAGUAUGAUUGCAGCUUGGACGAUCAGUACGAAGAAGAGUACAGCGAGGAUUAUGACAACCAACUCACUGAGGACACUGCUGAAUACGAUGCAAUGGUUGAGUAUGUGGAUGUUGAAGAGCCUGAUGAGACUGAGGACAACGAUGUAACAGAGGAGAUGGAAGAGGGUGCACAAGAGUUGUAUGAGGUAGAGGAAAUAGCAGAGGAGGCUGUUGAAGUCUCUGAUAAAGAGGAACAACAACAACAGGAGGAGGAUGACAACAAGAAUAUUCCAGAGGAGAAGCCGGUGGAGACACCACCCAAGAAGCGUGUUCGACCCACAUUCAAGGAGGCAGCACUGAGAGCUUACAGGAAACAGAUGGCUGAAUUGGAGCAGCAGAUUCUGGCAGGAGACGCCAGUGCUUUGGAUACUCAGCCUCACAGUAUUUUGGAUCCCAAAUUGCUUGGUUUGCAGACCGGAGGGGCUGGCAGUAUUCUUUAUGGUAUUGACAGCAUGCCAGAUCUGCGCCGCAAAAGGACAGUGCCUCUUGUCCGAGACCUGGCUUUGACCCUCACUGCUCGAAAGGCAGGCAUCUCGUUUGCUCUGGUGAACAGGUCAACCCUGAACAACGAGGAACUGAAACUGCAUGUCUUCAAGAAAACCCUCCAGGCCUUGAUCUACCCAAUUUCCUCCACUACACCACACAAUUUUGAGGUGUGGACGGCGACCGCUCCCACCUACUGCCACGAGUGCGAAGGCCUGCUGUGGGGGAUCGCCCGCCAGGGCAUGCGCUGCUCGGAGUGCGGCGUCAAGUGCCACGAGAAGUGCCAGGACCUGCUCAAUGCGGAUUGUUUACAAAGGGCUGUGGAGAAAAGUUCCAAGCAUGGGGCAGAAGACAAGACUCAAAAUAUCAUCAUGGCUAUGAAGGAGCGUAUGAAGAUCAGGGAGAAGAACAGCCCGGAAGUGUUUGAGGUGAUCCAGGAGAUGUUCCACGUCUCGAAAGAGGAAUUUGCUUCCCAUCUGAAGACGGCCAAGCAGGCCGUGCUGGACGGGACCUCCAAAUGGUCUGCCAAAAUCACCAUAACAGUCAUGUGUGCGCAGGGAUUACAGGCCAAAGAUAAGACGGGAUCCAGCGACCCAUAUGUCACAGUCCAGGUGGGGAAGACCAAACGCAGAACCAAAACCAUCUUUGGCAACCUCAACCCCGUCUGGGAUGAAAAGUUCCACUUCGAAUGCCACAACGCUACCGACCGAAUAAAGGUGCGCGUUUGGGAUGAAGAUGACGACAUCAAGUCACGGGUGAAGCAACACUUCAAGCGCGAGUCCGACGACUUCCUGGGCCAGACCAUCAUCGAGGUUCGCACGCUCAGCGGAGAGAUGGAUGUUUGGUACAAUCUGGAUAAGAGGACCGACAAGUCUGCAGUGUCUGGUGCCAUCAGACUCAAGAUCAGUGUUGAAAUGAAAGGGGAGGAGAAUGUGGCUCCCCCUCAUGGCCAGUACACGUGUUUGCAUGAGAACCUGUUCCACUACCUGACCGAAGUGAAGAGCGGCGGCGUGGUGAAGAUCCCGCAGGUGAAAGGGGACGACGCGUGGAAGGUCUACUUUGACGACGUGUCUCAGGAGAUAGUGGAUGAAUUUGCCAUGAGAUACGGGGUGGAGUCCAUCUAUCAGGCUAUGACGCAUUUCUCCUGUCUGUCUGCCAAAUACAUGUGUCCCGGCGUACCCGCCGUGAUGAGCAACCUGCUCGCCAACAUCAACGCCUACUUCGCUCACACGACCACCACCACCACCACCACCGCCUCUGCGUCUGACCGCUUCGCCGCCUCCAACUUUGGGAGGGAAAAAUUCGUCAAAUUGCUGGACCAGCUGCAUAAUUCUCUGAGGAUCGACCUUUCGAAAUACCGGGACAACUUCCCGGCAGGAAACCCGGAGCGUCUCCAGGAUCUGAAGUCCACCGUUGACCUGCUUACAAGCAUCACUUUCUUCAGAAUGAAGGUGCAAGAGCUCCAGAGUCCACCCAGGGCCAGUAUGGUCGUAAAGGACUGCGUGAAAGCUUGCUUAGACUCUACGUACAAAUACAUUUUUGACAACUGUCAUGAGCUCUACAACCAGCUUCUCGACCAGAGCCGGAAACAGGAGCUUUCCAGAGAGGAGCAGGGUCCGUCUAUAAAGAACCUGGACUUCUGGCCAAAACUCAUCACUCUUAUGGUAUCUGUAAUCGAUGAGGACCGCACAGCCUACACACCAGUCAUUAAUCAGUUUCCGCAGGAGUUGAACGCGGGGAAAAUCAGCGCCGAGAUCAUGUGGAACCUGUUUGCACAGGAUAUGAAGUACGCGAUGGAAGAGCACGAUAAGCAUCGCCUAUGCAAAAGCACGGAGUACAUGAACCUUCACUUCAAAGUCAAAUGGUUCCAUAACGAGUACGUCCGCGAUCUGCCGGCCUUCAAGGAUGUCCCACCUGAAUAUUCUCUGUGGUUCGAGCCCUUCGUCAUUCAGUGGCUCGACGAGAACGAAGUCGUUGCCAUGGAUUUCCUCAACGGAGCACUUGAAAGAGACAAGAAAGACGGCUUCCAGCAAACCUCGGAGCACGCCCUCUUCUCCUGCUCCGUGGUGGACGUGUUCACUCAACUGAACCAGAACUUUGAGAUUAUCAAGAAGCUGGAAUGCCCAAACCCGCAGGCUCUGGCGCAUUUCAUGUGCCGUUUUGCGAAGACUAUCAACAAGGUUCUCUUGCAAUAUGCUGCAAUCAUUUCCAAGGAGUUUCCAUUGCAUUUGAACAAGGAGAACGUGCCGUGCAUAAUUCUCAACAACAUCCAGCAACUCCGAGUCCAGCUAGAGAAGAUGUUUGAGUCCAUGGGUGGGAAGCAGGAGGAGGGGGUUGUCUCCUUCUGUAAGCUGGAUGCAGAGGCCAGUGAUCUGCUAAAGGAGCUGCAGAAUAAACUCAACACAGUCCUGGAUGAGCUCAGCGGGGUGUUUGGCUCCAGCUUUAAACCUGUAAUCGAGGACUGUGUGAAGCAGAUGAACCAGGAGCUGGUCCAGAUGAAAGGGCCAAUUAAAGGGAGCAAUCCUGCCAUGGAUGCAGAAACCGUCUUACGGCCUCUUAUGGACCUUCUGGAUAAGAAUUUGAUGUUGUUCGCCAAGAUCUGUGAGAAGACCGUGCUAAAGAGAGUCCUCAAAGAGCUCUGGAAAAUAGUUCUGAACACCAUCGAGAGAACAAUCGUUCUGCCUCCGCUUAGUGACCAGAGUCAACAAGGAGCUCAGAUGAUCUUUAGUGCUGCCAAGGACCUGGGACAGCUGUCCAAACUGAAGGAGCAUGUCAUCCGAGAGGACACCAGGAGUUUGACGCCUCGCCAAUGUGCCGCCAUGGACCUUGUGCUUCCCACAAUCAAGCAAUACUUCCAUGCUGGUGGGAAUGGACUGAAGAAAACCUUCCUGGAAAAGAGCCCCGACAUGAAAUCGCUCAAAUAUGCUCUCAGCCUUUACACUCAACCUACAGAUGCCUUGAUCAAAAAGUAUAUAUGCACCCAAAACUCUCAAGGUCAGUCAUCCAACGGAUCGGUGGGGGAGGUGUCAAUGCAAGUGACUCUCAUCUCUCACCCUGGCACAGGAGAACACAAAAUCACCGUUAAGGUGGUGGGCGUAAACAACCUCAUGUGGCAGACCAACGCCAUGUUCCGGCCGUUCGUGGAGGUCAACGCCAUUGGUCCACAUCUCGCUGACAAGAAGCGCAAAUUCAGCACCAAGACCAAGAACAACAACUGGUCGCCAAAGUACAAUGAAACAUUCCAGUAUAUUCUGAGUAACGAACACGGUCCGGAGGUCUACGAGCUCCACGUCUCGGUGAAGGAUUACUGCUUCGCCCGCGAGGACCGCAUCGUCGGCAUGACGGUCAUCCCGCUCCGGGAGCUGGCGGAGAAGGGCAGCUGCUCGGCCUGCUACCCGCUGGUAAAGAGCAUCACCAUGGACGAAACGGGCCUCACCAUCAUGAGAAUACUCUCUCAAAGGACCAACGACGAGGUGGCCAAAGAGUUUGUGCGUCUCAAGACGGACACCCGAUCGGCGGAGGAAGUGUCAUAGUCCAGAGGAAACUAGGCAAAAAAACAAGACAACAAAAAAAAAAAAUGCAGUAUUAAGAGUCGUGUCGUCUUCAGAUCGGACAGAUGCGGGGGUUGGGGGGGAGCAGAGAGAGAUCCCGGCCGUUGUUUGGGAAAGAUGCCGGACGCGGCAUCAGAACGAGUUCGUCCAAAGAGAAGGGAAGCGGGCCCCAAAACGUGGCAAAGCAGCGAGAGCGAGAGUCAAUGUUUGUUUGUUUUCUGUGCAUGUGCGUAAAAAAACAUCUGUUGGAAUGUUCAUUUUAAAACUAAAAGUAUGUACAAGUGUUUACUUACCGUAUGCUCACUAUUAAGUACUAUAUUCUACGAGUUAUUGUAAUGAGACAUGGAUACCUUUUGUACAACAUUUAGUCUUUUUGAGGAGAGAUUUGUUCCAAUAAAGUGCCAAACCAGUGAAAAAAACAAACAAAAACAACAAAAUUAACAUAUAUGAAUUAUGGUGAAGUUAGUAUGUAUGAAAUUUGCUCGGUUAUUUUGUCCGGUGUAAGUAACUUUUUGACCGUGUGGCGUUUUGAUUGUUGCAGACGUUCUUGGUUUCGCACCCUUGGUUUUAAUUAACUUCUUUUUUUUUUCUUCUUGGCUUCCUGUUUUUCCACUCUGCACCGUUGUGCAUGUCUUCUUCUCAAUCCUGUCUUUCCCAUGAUUCCACAGUGACCGCCGAGCGGGGUCCUGUCCCUCGCCUUUCAAAACUGUUUGUAUUUUACGUCGACCUGAAGUCAGAUUGUGUGUGUGUGUGUGUUUGUAUGUGUUUUUUUUUUUUUUUUUUGGUUUGUUUCUUUGUUUGUUUGGUUGUUGUUGUUUUUUGGGGGUUUUUUUUAAAUGGCGAUGACUGCUAUGUAAACCCUCGUAGAUGUUUGUAAUUUUAUAACCGUGACAACGUUGGCGAGAGCCUCCAGUGCUAACAGUCUUAGCAUAACAGAGUGGAAUUUUUUUUGUGGUAUUUUAUUCUUUUUUUUUUUAGCGUUUUGUGUUUUUCCAAGUUAUUUUUUCGUGUCCAGCCUUCCUGAACGACCACUGUGAACAUGAGCUUUGGAAGGCAAGCUUAACACGACAUUGCUUACACUUUGUUAUUGUUUCGUAUUUUCCUCCAACAACUUUGUUCCUGAUAAACUGCCAAAGUUAUAUUGAAUAUUUGUACCAGAGCAAUUCAUUACAUGUAUGAAGGCAUAUAUGUAACAUGUGAUCUAUUACUUCUUUUUUUAUUUUUAUUUUUUCCCAUAGCUUGAUAUUUGAUUGUUGAUGGGGUGGUACUAGGAUAUAUAUAUAUAUUUUUUUUUUUUAUUUCCUGUGGAGCUGUUUAAAACUAUAAAAGUUGCACAUGUUAUUUUACACAUUGGUUGUUUCGACUUUAAACAUUGGAAUUAUUUUUCUUCAUAAAGGAAAGAGUCUAACAUUUGGUAAAUAUGCAACAUUCCUGUGUAUUGCACUGAUGGCAAAUUGUAUGUCAUGUAAAUAUAUUUAGUGAGAUAUUGUAAGAAAAAAAAGGAAAAAAGUCUACUUUUCUUCUAUGUGCAUAAAGUUUGUGCAAAAGUGUUAUAACAUUCGGGUCAUCUUGAAUAGUGUUCCAGUCUUCGAGCCAAAAGUAUACAAAUUAUGAAUAUUUGGUUAAUAGAGCCAGUGCACCAUAAAACCGCAGUUAGAUCUCAGUUACGAGAUCUAAUCCCUUGUUUUUAAUUGAAUUGUUUUUCCUCGAAAAAUUACAUCUGCACUACAGUGCCUUGAAAAACCACUUGAACUUUUUCACAUUUUGUCUAGUUGCAUUCACAGACUUCAAUAGAUAGUAGGAGUGUAACGGUACACACACACACACACACACACACA